CCCCUGCCGGACCUGCCCGCGUCCUGGGCGACCGCCGGCCCCGGGGACACGCUCGACGCGGGCGCGUUCAAGCGCGGCGAGUACGGCGUGUUCCAGAUCGGCGUCUUCGCUUCCCUGAAAAACGCGACGAACGUGACGUACGCCGCGCGCGGCUUUCCCUACGCCGUCAACUGCUUCAACGUCGAGGGCGUCGACGACGCGGGCCGGCCCUUCGCGCGCACCUAUGCCGUGCCGCACCUGCAGGUCGGGGCGCUCUGGUUCGGGAUGCAGGUGCCCGCGGACGCGCCGUUCGGCGCCGGCGGCGGCGCCGUCGACGUCCUCGUGGCGGGCGACGUCGUCGGAUCCGUCGAGGUGUCGUUCCGUGUCAACGGCACCGCUCCGGACGGCGGCGACGGCGACUUGCGGACCCUGUCGCGGUCGCGGUGGCUCGACAGCCGCGUGGGGCAGACGAAUACGACGGCCGAGCGCCACACGCCCGUCGUCGUCGACAAGGAGCGACGGACGCUCGAGACCUGGGCGGCGCGCGUCGUCCUGGGCGCCGACGGCCUGCCGACGGCGAUCGCCCGCAAGGGCAAGAACAUGCUCGCCGGCGCCGUCUCCCUCCUCGACGCGACGGCGUGCGAGCCGCUCGCGUGGACGACACUGACGGACGACCUCGUCGCCUGGACCGCCGCGUGCGCCGAACAGACCGUCGCCGCGUCUCUGGAUGCCGACGGCACGCUCCUCUUCGACGUCCGCGUCGAGAGCGCUCGCGCGGACGACGUCGCGCUCACGGUCCCGCUGAACGCGACGCUGGCAAAAUACUCAAUGGGUCUGGGGGUUCCCGGCGGGACGCGGCGCGACAUGGCGUGGCGCUGGCGCGCGGGCCCCGUCGACGCGACGCCGAGCGGCUACGCCAAUUACCUCGUCUGGCUCGGGAACGUCGACCUCGGGCUCCGCGUCAAGCUUCUGGGACAGGAGGACUCGUGGCUCGGCGCGCUGCAUUCCAUCGUGAGUGACGAUCAGGUGCCGACGGACAGCUGGGCCGGCGUCCCCGCGGCCGGCGGACCUGCGGGCCUGCGCCCCGACGGCGUCACGCCGCUCGUCUGCGACGGGAACUGCACGCGCUUUACGGGGGGCGUCAACGUCUCCGAGGCGGCGCCGGGCGUCGUCGACGUCGUCGCGUUCCGCGGCGCGCCCCUCGCGGCACCGGCCUCGUUCCGAUUCGAGCUGGCCAUCUCGCCGACGAACGCGCUGGACACGGCGGCGCACUUCGGCGACCUUGGCCGUCGGCACUACCAGUGGUCGGCGUUCGCGCCUCCGAACGCGACGGAGCUCUUCGACGCGGGCGUCCGCGUGUUGAACGUCCACCAGGGCGUCGACGUCGUCAACCCCUACAUCAACUACCCCUUCGAGCCGGAGAGCGUCGCGCCGCUGUCGACCAUCGCGGACGCCAUGCACGCGCGCGGGGGGCGGGUGAAGCUCUACUACACGACGCGCGAGCUCAGCGACCACGCGGAGAUCAUCUGGCUCCUCAAGGCGCUCGGCGACGAGGUGCUCGACGGGGACGGGGGCGUCGCGGGUUUUCGGAACACGGCGGAGAAGGUCGGCGGCGCGAGCUGGCUCCAGGAGCACCUGCACAGCGGCUACUCGGUGUCGACGCCGCCCGCGAACCUGACGUCGACGGAGCUGCUCGACGCCGCGGUCUGCGACUCGCAGACGCGCGACCCGCACCAGCGCUGGUCCAACUUCUACGUCGAGGGCCUGCGCUGGCUCGUGGAGGAGAAACCCCGCGUCGACGGCCUCUACCUCGACGGCGUCGCGUACGACCGCCUCACGCUCAAGCGCGCGCGGAAGCUCAUGGACGACGCGAAGCCGGGCUGCCUCGUCGAUCUCCACUCCGGCAACAACCUGGACCUUCGGUACGGAGACGUCUCCCCGGCUUUGCAGUACAUGCACCUGUUCCCCUACAUGGACUCGCUGAUGCUCGGCGAGGGCUACGCGCCGGGCUACGACCGGCCGGCGGGCGUCCCGGGCGGCGGGCCCGACUGGUGGCUCGUGGAGGUCAGCGGCAUCCCCUUUGGGCUCAUGAACGACAUGCUCGGCGCGUCGGCGUCGCAGCUCUGGCGCGGCUUCGUCUUCGGGUCCGUCACGCGCCUCCCCUACAGCAGCCUCGCGUCGAACCAGCAGGUCUGGAAGGUCUGGGACGACUACGAGCUCGAGACGGCGGAGAUGAUCGGCUUCUGGGACGACGCGGGCCCGGCCGUAUCGCCCGCCGCGGGCUGCGGCGGCGGCGGCGCGCUCGCGGCGACGGCCUACGUCCACGCGGGGAACGUGACCCUCGUCGCCGUCGCGUCCUGGGCCAACGCCACGCUCACCUGCGACCUGGUCGUCGACGUCGCGCGCCUCGGCCUCGACCGCGUGACCGUCGCGGUCGCGCCGGCCAUCCCCGCGGCGCCCGUGCCCGGCUUCUCCUUCCAGGCCGCGGCGACCUACGCGGUCCACGACGGGAAGGUCCGCGGCGUCACGGUCCCGCCCCAGCGCGCCAUCCUCAUCGAGCUCCGCAAUUGA